UUAGAAGUGCCACACUGUUUAAAUGUCAUUAAAAUACAGACUGAGGUAAAAGUGUUGUUCAAGGUAACGUCACGUUUUUAUUUGAACCGCUAGAUGACGCUGAUGAACAGUCACAAAUUACUGACCCAAAUCGCACCUCUCCAACCGUAAGUGGAACCUUCGAUGAAUAGAAAACGCACGGUUUUUGUCUGAAGGACGUAGAACAUUAGAUGUAGAGUGCCUCUCUCAUCCUCUUAGCAAAUGUAGCCAUACUGUAUCCGUGAAAGUUCAACUUCAACAGACGCCUGACGGACGCAGGCAACAAAAUGAACGAUGGUGCAGGCUCCGCUGUGGAUAUCCAUAUUUUUGCUAUUUAGUAUAGGAAUUACAGGAGCUGUUCCGGAUGUUACGUUGGUCACUGAGUACCAGUUUGUACCUGAUGCCUCCACCGGUCAAAACACAUCUCUUAAAUGUGUUGUCGGAGGAGACUUUAGUGAGGUGGAGUUCAACGCCGAGCGGAACUGGCGCCUCCCAGCGGCCCGCAGCAGUAUAGCAGCCAUCGAUGAUGCUUCAUGGCCAGGGCGUAUGGUGACGUUCUUUCCGCAAGGUGGCUCCGACAGGGUGGGCGUCUUCUCAAGUACAGUGACCUUCCCAGACGGUCAGAAAGUCAAGGUCACAACCGUUGGGAUGUCAGCUGACGCCGACAUCUAUCCGAAGUAUUUCACUGUAUCGGCGAACAAGGGAGAUUCCGUGACACUGUAUACACAAGCUGUGGAACAAACAGGACAGGUUAGGGAUACUUUUUUCUGCUCUACUAACGGUGUCCGGUGGCGAAGAAACGGCUUUCCGCUGUUCGGUCCGACAGAGUACACCCUGGAGCUGACGUCCCUGGACCCGCGUUUCCAGGCCGGGGUUUACGAGUGUUACUACCCUAGCGACUACAGCGAGAAACGCCACGCCAUUUCUCUGCUCAUCAUUAGAUCCUGUCCGGAGGGACUGUGGGGGCAGGAGUGUGACCUGUCGUGUCCAGUCUGUCUGAACGGCGGCCAGUGUCAGGUGGAGACUGGGGAGUGUGUGUGCGCCCCGGGGUUCAGGGGGCCCACCUGUCAGACACCUUGUGGAGGUAACAGGUUUGGGCGGGACUGCAGCUUCCGCUGUGACGAGUCGGGGCGGGACGACCCAGCAGGCUGCUCGGGCCACCUGUUCUGUCUGCCCGAGCCGUACGGCUGCUCCUGCGGCCCCGGCUUCACUGGACUCCUCUGUCAGCGAGUCUGCAGUCCGGGCACAUUCGGCUCUGGCUGUCAGUCCACCUGUCACUGCUCCAGUAUUGGUCCAGAGGCGUGUGACCGUUACACAGGGGAAUGUCGGGACGGGUGUGCUUCCGGCUGGACUGGUCCCAACUGUCAGGAAGAACUGACAUCGUUUCGUGAAGUCUGUAUCCCGAAUCCGUGUCGGAAUGGAGGUACAUGUUCCCCGGACCCUACAACUAGCGCCUUCUCCUGCGUCUGCGAGCCAGGCUAUACAGGACAACAAUGUCAGCAAGAAAUUGACGAAUGUGAGUCGACUCCGUGUCAAAACGGCGGAGUGUGUUAUGACGAGGUGGGGUCCUAUGUGUGCGUGUGUCCGCAGGAGUAUACAGGAGUCAACUGUGAGGAAGACAGGGACUUUUGUGAGUCCGAUCCUUGCAAGAAUGGUGGAACUUGUGUUACCGCUCCUCAGUCGUUCAUGUGCUUCUGUCCGGAGGGAUACAUGGGUUUUACUUGUUCUAUAGAAGUAGACGAGUGUGCCUCGGACCCGUGUCUGAAUGACGGCAACUGUACUGACGGCGUGGCUUCCUACAGCUGUGCGUGUCUGCCGGGAUUCAACGGGACUGAUUGUGAGAUAAACAUAAAUGAGUGCCACAAAGACGCAUGCGCAAACGGAGGGAUUUGUGAGGACGGCAUCAACGGCUUUACCUGCUUCUGUUUCCCAGGAUUCACCGGGCCGACCUGUACAGAAAACCCGGAUGACUGCGCGUCCUCUCCCUGCCUGAACAACGGCACGUGUAUAGAUGGGAUCCACAUGUUCUUCUGUAACUGUACAGAUGGGUAUACAGGAGAGAGGUGUGAGGAAGAAGUAGACGAGUGUGCCUCGGACCCAUGUCUGAAUGACGGAAAUUGUACUGACGGCGUGGCUUCCUACAGCUGUGCGUGUCUGCCGGGAUUCAACGGGACGGACUGUGAGAUAAACGUGGAUGAUUGCUACUUGGACGCAUGCGCAAACGGAGGUACCUGCGAGGAUGGGAUCGACAAUUUCACCUGUGUCUGUUCGCCGGGUUUUAGUGGGCAGACAUGUCUCGAAAACAUCAAUGAGUGCGAAUCUUCUCCAUGUCUAAACAAUGGCGAGUGUUCAGACGGAGUUAACAAGUUCUUCUGUAACUGUGCAGACGGGUACGAAGGAGACAGGUGUGAGGAAGAGACAGAUGAGUGCCUGUCCCAACCCUGCCAUAACGGCGGAACAUGUCGUGACGCCGUGGCAAGUUUCACCUGCUUCUGUCCUCACGGCUUCGGCGGUGACCUCUGUCAGGUCACUGAACCCAACAUCAGUGACCUUGACGUUCCAAGCAUCGACCUUGAAGACAACGUUCCAAUUCUCACCGCAACAAAGGAGCCGGAAAGCAGAAGUGAGAUCAAAACGUUUCUCGCCGUCACAGUCCUUGGUUCUGAUCAGAAUGUUGUGGUCAAGAACGUCACGUUGAACAGGACCAGUACUUCUAGUGGUGACAACGAUGCCACCAUGUUCAACGGUACCGAGUCGUCUAGAGUCAACACAACGUUUGAUAUUACAGAUCAAACAGCGCAAUCUACCCCUGGGGAGUACCCUACCUAUCCCUAUAAGCAGAUCAUCGGUAACUUGUCAUCUUGGAACGACAGCUAUCUUCAAGACUGGGAGAAGCUUCUUCAGACGGAAUGUAACGGAACCAUCUUCAAGUUAGAGGCGGGACCCAACAGUUCGCUGAUUUGUUUGGAAGAUGACCCUCCGGAUGAUUCCACGUCCACUCUCCCUCUCCAGGUGUUUGCCCUGGUGGUCAGCCUCGCUGUCGUGGCCAACUUUGUAGCCAUGGCCUGGUGGCAACACUCGUGAUGUGAUAAAUAGUUAUAACUUUAUGUACAUAAUCGUGUAAUAUUUCUAAUUAAUUUAUAAGUUUAAAACAAUGCUGUCUAAGUAGUACAUUUUGCAUCAUAAUCAUCAAAGCACGGCGGCAUGUGAUUUUGCGCCACUUAAAUAACGUUUUAAGCCACUUUCCAAUUAAGUAUAUUUCACGUCUUGCAACUUUCAUUACUUACAAUUGAAAUUUGCUACUAGUGCGUCCUGUCUAUGUAAAUGUUGUAGAGUUACUAGUCAUCAGGACCCGGCAAAAUAGAUCACAUAUUGUUAAUGUAUAUAAUCUUGUGUACAUACUGAGACGCUCGCCUGUAUUCUGUCAACUCCUUAUAAUUGGUUUCGUUUAUUCUAGACUGCUAUUAACUGUUAUAUUGGCGAACACUGAUUUGCAAAUCAACGGUGAUCAUUAGUCAUCUGUCAACUUCUGUAAAGUUUAUCUGUGUUAUAUGAAUGCCAAAAUAAAGAUACUUAUUCAU